AUGGCGUCGCUGGCGCAAGACCCCGACAUGCUGAGGGUGGCGGACCUCCUAGAGAGGCGGCAGCGGCUGGAGCGCGAGGGGGCCCUCCUCACCAGCGGUUUGGCCGAGCUGCGGCGCCGGCGCGACCUGGCGCGCGAGGAGCUCCAGGGCGAGCUGGAGGCGUCGCAGCGGCUGGCGGAGGAGGAGGCCCCCUGCGCAGAGGCCCAGGCGGAGGAGGCGGCGCCUGCCGCCGCCGCGCGCGGCGCGGAGGGGCUGCGCGAAGAGCUGCGGGCGGCGAGGCGCGAGGCGGCGCGGCUGGCCGAGGAGCGCUCUGCAGAGCUGGAGGGCAUGCGGGCGCGGCUGUCGCAGGACCGAGGACCUGCGCCUUCGACAGCUCCGCGACGCCUCCCGCGCGUCGGCGGGCCGCGCCGCUGCGCUGCAGGCGCCGGGCGCCUGCGGCGAGGAGGGCGACGCGCUGGCGCAGCUGAGGGCCCGCGUCGAGCGGCAGUCGGCCGCCGCCGCCGAGCUGCGGGCGGCCCACGACGCCGCGGCGCGAGAGGCGGAGGUGGCCCGCCGCCGUUGUCUCGCGGCGGAGCAGCGGGAGGCGGACGCGCAGGAGGCGUGGCUCCCCAGCGAGGCGCGCUUGCUGGACGAGGUCCGCGCGCGCCGGGAGCUGCUCGACCGGCUCGGUACGCAGCUGGCCAACGCCCGCGAGCACCGCCUGCAGCUGCGCAGGGAGCUGGCCGGGCGGGCCCAGGAGGCCUACGGGCGCCUGCUUGCCGGCGGAGAGGCCCGCGAGCGCGCGUCGCAGGCGCGGCCGGCGGCCACGGCGCAGGAGCUCCGGCGACAGGUACAGGCAGCCUCUUGGAGGGGGGACCCCGCGGAGGCGCUGGGCGUGGAGGUAGUGCUCGUCUCGCCGCUGCGGCGGGCGGUGCAGACGGCAUGCCUGGCUUUCGAGGGCGGAACCCUGCCCAUCUCGGAGGCUCUGCCGCUUCGCUCGCGAGAUGUGGUGGCAUGAGAGGAGCAAUACGCCAGGCACCCUCGCGGACAUGGAGGCGCUGCUGCAGACGCUGCCGCGAGGCGACGAGGUGCAGGGGCUGGAGGAGUGCUGGACGGCUGGUCCGGACGAGCCUCAGGAUGAGGAUGAGAAGCGUGCGCCGACUGGGGGCCGAGCUGGCGAUGCGCGGCGAAGAGUCGGUGGCCAUCGUCUGCCACUGGGGCGUCAUCAACCAGAUGUGCAGAGUCAGUGCCCGAAACGCCGAGGCGGUGGUGUGCGAGAGGUUCCCGAGGAGCGGCCACCUGGCAGCCUCCCGAAGUUUCCUCCCGCCAGGGUGCCCAAGGACCUCUUGA